UCAACAUGAAAUAUGGUUAGUUUCAAGUUGCUUGCUCCACUCCUUGGCUGCUGGCCACUCAGAUGUCUAUGACAUUUUAAACAUUUCUUAGUUUUAACGUUUGAAUAGUUUUGAUUGGAGUAUGAAUCAGUUCUGCCAGGAAAAUGUUCCAAUAAAAAAAGAUGAAAAAUGUAGUUGGAUUUGGAGUUCUCAACAAUAGAAAUAUAAAAUGAUGAUGAUUACCUCCUAGUACCAACCAUUACACCAACCAACAACCACCAAAUUCCAAACUUGAAAUGCAAGAGACUAAUACCUCUCAACUGUCUUGUUGUUAGGCUUUCAUAUUCGCAUUUCCUCUCUUAUUCUUGAGUUUUGUAACCACCAUUGUUCCUAUCCUUGGAUCACAGUGAUCUAGUCUAUGAAUGGCAAAGCUAAGAUCUUUGGUUCAGAUAUGGCCAUCUUUUGUUAGGAUAUGCAUGCUGAAUCUCAUCUUCAACUUCAAGACCAUUGCAUUAGGAGAUGACACAGCAUCGUCCGAAAGUACAUGCAAGAAUACAAAUUUUCAAAUUUUCCUUCCUCCACCUUAUCAGAAUAUAUCAUCUCCAAUAUGCAAACCCGUUUGGCAUACAUAUGAAUUGAGGUACACAAAAAAUGGUGAUACCACAACAAUCAUAUUAUCUGCACCCUACACAGUUGGGUGGGUGGGGAUUGGAUUUUCUAGAGAUGGAAAGAUGGUUGGUUCAAGUGCAAUGGUGGGAUGGAUUAAUAAACAUGGUCAUGCAAAAAUCAAGCAGUAUUAUCUAAGGGGUAACAAAUCAUCAGAAGUCAUUGCAAACAAAGGUGAACUGCCUCUAAAUAAUGUGCCAGCUGCUGUGGCAACAAAUGGGGCUGAAAUUUAUUUGGCAUUUCAGCUUCAAACAACAAUUCCAUUUGGGAAGCAACCAAUUUUGUUGGCUUUUAGUACUAAGCAUCCACAUGAACACCACCUGUCAAAGCAUGAUGACAAAACAACAAUUAUAUUUGAUUUUUCUUCAGGUGCAAAAUCAGGUUCUAUGGAUCCAGCAUCCAAUAGUUUGAUUCAAAUGAGAAAGAAUCAUGGAAUAAUUGGUAUAAUAGGGUGGGGCUUAAUCCUACCAGUAGGUGCAAUUGUUGCUAGGUACUUCAAACAUAAGGAACCCCUUUGGUUCUAUCUACAUUCAAUCAUUCAAUUUGUUGGAUUUGCAUUUGGACUUGCUACUGUCCUUCUUGGAUUACAACUCUACUCCCAAAUGCAUGUCCACAUACCAGCUCACAGAGGAAUUGGCAUUUUUGUCCUUGUGCUAAGCAUUCUUCAGAUAUUGGCAUUCUUCUUGAGACCAAAUAGGGAUUCCAAGUUUCGCAAAAUGUGGAAUUUGUACCACAGUUGGUUUGGAAGGAUGGCACUAUUCUUUGCAGCCUUGAACAUAGUAUUGGGAAUGCAAGCUGCAGGAGCAACGAAUGCUUGGAAGACAAGCUAUGGAUUCCUUGCUGGUAUUAUAAUUGUUGUAGUUAUCGUUCUCGAAAUAUUGGCAUAUUUAAAAAGGUCAGAGAAACGUUCUCUUCCUCCAAAUUUCCAAAUGGACCCUCUUGGAGAAGAAAUCUUUCCAAGAAAUAAUCAAACAAAAGGGCCAGGGUGAAUGUGUUGGAUCCUAGUUUUGUACUUGUAUAAAAACUCAUCCUUAUGGAAUGAUGUAGAUAUAUAUAGCUACCUAGAAGUUUGCCAAGAAGGACAAUCCUAACUUUGGCUUCCUCGCAUGAACUUGAGAUUGAACUUUUUUUUUUGUUUUCUUCUGCUGCUUGAUCGGAUGAAAUGUCUUUUUCUUUCUUUCUUUUUUUUUUUUUUUUUGCAUUUUUUUUUGUUUUGUUUUCUGUACAAAAAAAAUGUUUUUGAAAUUUAAGAAUCAGAUUGGUGAGUGAUCAUGUUUAAUCAAAAGUGCAUAUUCAUGGUUUCUUA